UUGGAAGGGGCAGCAUAUAUAAAGGCAGAAUGUUUUAGUUGUUUAGACAGAAUAUCAGUUCCCAGAUUGCUUGAAGUGAUACUUAUAAUGUGGCCCUUUCUGUUUAGAUACGUGGUGUUGUUCAGCGUUCUCAUUUUCCUUGUAGCCUCGAGGCCAGAGUGGUGUGACUUGGAUGUGGACAAAGGCUACGGAGUUCUUGUGCAGCCGAGGUAUUUUUUUAGUAAGAAAACUAAAAUAUGUCAUGUAUUUUUAUAUAACGGACAAGGAGGAAAUGCUAACAAUUUCCAUACUUUUAAGCAAUGUAUGGACACUUGUUGGAUUGCGGAGAAAUAAAAUAAAAAUACUUAGUUCAAUAUGUUGAAAGAAAGCAUGAUAUCUAAACAAAUAAAGUUGAGGUGCUUCUAAUCCAAUUUUAAGUUAA